GACUGGAAACCGUUUAGUCUUUAAUCGUGCAACCAACCGUACAACCGGCCUCGGGAUGAAGCUUAGCUCAGCGAGUGUGAGGCUGGCAGCGCUGCUGCUGCUGGCCGUGAUCGUCGUUGCUUCGGGCAAGUCGAUCGACAAGAUCCGCCGUCUGCCGCCCGGCAUCGAGCGGAUGUUCACCCGCAAGGAUGGCAUCCGCCCGCCGAAAGGCUACGUGUCGCAGAGCCCUCGCACGGUCGAGGGUCGCUUUACGUCGCGUGUGAAUCACUUUGACCCGCAGAACCGGGACACGUUCGAGUUUAACUAUCUGCACAACGACCAGUACUACCGCCAGGGAGGCCCACUGUUCAUCGUCGUCGGUGGCCACUAUCCGGUCAAUCCGUACUUCAUGGAGAACAGCCACUUCCGCGAUGUUGCCGCACUGGAGGGCGCCUGGUUGGCCACGAACGAGCAUCGUUACUUUGGCGAGAGCUACCCCACCGAAGAUCUGUCGACGGAGAAUCUUCGCUUCAUGCGCACGGAGCAGGUCCUGUUCGAUCUGAUCGAAUGGAUCGAUUUCCUGAGGCGCGAGGUCAUGGGCGACCCGAACGCACGCGUCAUUCUGCACGGUGUGGGAUACGGCGGCUCCUUGGCUACCUGGGCCCGCCAGCGCUUCCCGAACAUCAUCGACGGUGCCUGGGGCUCGAGUGCGCCGGUCCGUGCCACCACCAACUUCGAGGAGUUCGCCGUCGAGGUCGGCAACAUCAUCCGCGAGCGGGGCAGCGACCAGUGCUACAACCGCAUCUUCCAGGCGUUCCACACCGCCGAGAACCUGAUCGAUGCCGGCCGCACGGAGAUGAUUUCGGAGAUGUUCAACACCUGCGACCCGGUCGACACGGACAACCCGCUCGAGGUGGAGCUGUUCUUCUUCGCCAUGAUGUUCUCGCUCGAGGCAGCCAUGGUGGAGGACUACGACAUUGAAAACAUUGGCCGCGUGUGCGAUGCGCUGACGGACGAUGAGUUCGGCACCGGGCUGGAGGCCCUGUCCGCCUUCCUGCUCGACCGGUACGCCGACACACGCGAGUGCUUCGAUCUGUCGUUCGAGAACUUUAUCCGCUACCUGACCGAUGUGGACAUCAACGCACCGGCCAACGUGGAGUUCGGUCUGCGCCAGGCCGGCUACCAGGACUGUACCGAGUUCGGAUACUUCGAGAUGACUACCUCGCCCGACCAACCGUUUGGUACGAAGGUGACGUACGAUCUGUUCCUUGCCGAGUGCCAGGCCGCCUACGGUGACUGGCUCUCCAAGGACGUCGUGUAUGAGGGCGUGCGCCUCACGAACUUCCACUUCGGGGCGACCGAUCCGCGCAUCACCAACGUGCUGUACACGAACGGUGAGCUGGACCCGCUGCGGGCCGUCUCGAUCACCGAGUACACGAACCUGCUGGCCAAUGCGCGCGUCACGCCAGGAGCAUUCAUCGGCCAGGACAUCCAGUCGAUCAGUGGCAUGGAUUCGGAGGAGCUGCUCGAGACCAAGCACAUGGCGGAGCAGUACAUCACCACCUGGCUCGGAUCGCCGAUCAGCCCGUUCCGCAAGUAGACCCACCGUAGCUCUGUCUUCUAAGUCUAAGUGUAAGCGGUCACCGGCCCAAUCCUGCCUUAGCCCGUCACCAAACGCAUGACCGUACAUCACGCGGUCAAAACGGGUAGGAUCCACCAGCAACGCCAGUGCGCAAGUGUCCGCGUGAAGAAAAAAACAAUAACAACAAUAAAAACCUAAAUCUAACACAAAUAGUA